AUGACUAAAAUUGAGACCCCGGAGCAAAUCCUUGCCGGCAAGACAUGCCUAAUUACUGGCGGCGGUGGCGGUCUUGGAAAAGCCAUCGCGACCAAAUUCCUUGAGGCCGGUGCCAACGUGGUCAUCUGUGAUAUCAAUGAAGAACGUCUCCAGGAGACUUCGACAGAACUGUCUUCCAAAGGCCCAUUGAAGGCUAUUAAGGCUGACAUUACCAAAAAGAACGAAGUAGAGGCUCUUUUUGCCGAGCUGAUCGGAGCAUUUGGGAAGAUCGAUGUGCUCGUCAACAAUGCCGCCAUUAUGGACACUUUCAACCCUGUCGGUGACCUCGAAAUCGACCAAUGGGACCGUGUUAUGGCUCUCAAUCUUACCGCGCCUUUUGUCUUGAGCAAGCUCGCUGUUCGCAACAUGUUGGAACAAUCCAACCCAGAUGGUCGAAUCAUCAACAUUACAUCCGUCGCAGGUCGUGCUGGAUGGGCCGGUGGUGCUGCGUAUACGGCCAGCAAACACGGUCUUGUCGGACUGACGAAAAACACCGCUGCAUUCUAUGGUAACAAGGGUAUUAAGUGCAAUGCACUCAUGAUGGGUGGCAUGAAUACCAACAUUGCCGAUGUAUUCAAGAACGGGAUGAACAUGGAGGGGUACCAAAAGUUCAGUUCAGUUUAUGAAGCUGUCAAAGCCCCCAUGUGCGAUGUGGAUGAGGUCGCCGGCUUAUGUACUAACCUGACUUAUGGCAAGGGUGCUAGCAUCAUCAAUGGUGCCUGCAUUGCUGUUGACAACGGCUGGAGCUGUGUUGUUGGCUAA